CCGUGUCAGUAUGCAUAGGAAUAUAUGUGCAUUGUGAGGCUUGAGGUAGUUCGUCGAAAUUAUACAAAUGGUUCGUAUUAUAAUUUUGUAUUAUGGUCUAACUUCGCCCUAUUGGCAUUAAAAGAAUCAAGUGACCUCAAAGUCAAGUAAGAAAUAUUGUCUUAAAUGGGAUAUAAUAGAUUUCUGAAGACAUUUAAAGAAUUGAGUGAAAGAUUGCUGUAAUGAGUGAAGAUUUAACAGUUUCAUGUACAGUGUUUGAUAUUCACAUGCAAAAAAUAGUUAGACACAACCAUUGCUCGUGUCAGGAUAGUGUUUAUAAUAUACGACAACAAAAGUAUGUGUUGAAGAAUAACGAAAGGCUAAUCCUGUUCAAUUUGCCUCUACGGGAUGACACUUGCAAAUCGGUUGCACAAAGAAACUGCAGUUCCUGAAUGUGUUAUCAACUUAUCAAAUUUCGAUUCGUAUACUACUGUUAGUAAAUUGGGCAAUACUGGAAAAAGCAAGAAAUGAAUAAUAAUUGAAGGAAAAAAUGGUGGAUCAGAAAAUAAGAAAACAUACUACCAGAGUGGAGCUAUAGUGGAGUAUUUAUAUAUUGAGAAGAAAUAUUACCUUUAAACAGACGUCCGCUUGUGCGUACAUGCUUUUUAUUUGUGUAAGAGGUAUCUACUUCUUUUAUUAAUGUAAACAAGUAAAUGUUGAGACAUAUAUUCGACGAGAUCACCAUGAAGUGUUGUGAAUAGAUUUACAAACUCGUGGAGUAUGCAAUAGAACUAUGAGUCAAAUUAAAGAAAUAGUUCAGCAUACUAUGGUUGUACCAUAAUUGCACAGAAUUUACGGUGAAAGGUAAAAAGUUCCAAUUCUAAUGCAGAGUCGGUGUGGAAUGGUGUAAACGUGUUUGUUUUUCUUACUGUAGUAGAACAUACGUUCAUAUGUGCAUACACCGAAUGAUAUGCCGGGCUUAGUGAGACUGCGUGAAGUGUUAGCCUUGCCAAAGUCAACAAUCGUUAGUGACUUUUGUUAGAUUGUGGGAAAAAACUCCUAAAACAGCCUAAUCCUUUACUAUGCUUAAUAUUGAGAAUAUGUAGCUGUCAAGUGAAAAGCAAAAAUGAAAUUUAGAAAAGGUGAAUUUCGUGAUAUUAAACUCAAGUACAUGGAUGAAUCAAUAAAAUGAGAGGUACUCGCUGUUACUUAAUCGUGACUGUCAAACGAUCGAUGCUCGUCAAACAGUUUCAGAAGUCCAUUCACAUAGAAAAUAAAACUAACCCAUCAGACAGGCAGUAUGGUUGAUUGGUUCAUUAGUACAAAUGAUUAUUUAAAAUGACCAGUUUGAUCCAAAUAUAUAACAACCAAAACUACGUAGACCAUUCUAUCAUCGUUUCAACUGAAGGCGCAAUGGUUAUCACCAAAAGCCAAUUCGAUACGCAGUACCGCAAUAAAUCAGUUCAAUAGUUGUGCUUCAAAAACGGUUCAACACUACCGCGAACAGUGCAAAAUCAAGUGCGUCUAGCUAGAAGAAGGAAAGAAAUUAAACUUAUAAAAGUUUUUAUAUUCGUGUCAACUUGAUUCGCACGUAAUGUAUUAGAAAAAAUGUGUGCGAGUGAUGUAACAAUAUAUGCGGGUGUAAGGCAAGAAAAAUGUGUCGAAUUCAUUGCUGUUGGAUGAGCUAUUAAUGUGUCGAGAAGAAAAAAGGUGAAAUCAAAAGAAAACACUACGAAGAAACAUCAAUAAUACACAAAGAAACAGCAACCAUCAGAAAAAGUAAAACAAAUCUAUUGAAUCAAUGAAACUAGUGCGCUGCGGAUGUAUAAAAUAAACCGAGCGAUGAUCCAUUUUGCAAGAAGUAACCACUCUUGUAGUAGGUUCCCGACGUUUAUCGACCGAAUGUACCAUCACGCAAUCAGCACAAUAAACACUCCGACAAGCGGAUUUUUCAAGUUCCUAGCAAGAUUCUCAGGAAGAAGACGGAUAAGUUUUCGAUUACGAAAGCUAACUACCCUGUUUUUCCCCUACGUUGCAAUUUUUCUAGUAUUAAGUACAGUAUGCAGAGUAACAGAUGCGUGUUCGAGUCGGACAACACCCAAACCUCGUCCACCUAGUCCGACUGCUAGACCAAAUAUUACAUUCCAUACCUAUAAGUGUCCGCCAGCGUAUGCUGCCUGGUACUGUCUCAAUGAAGCUACUUGCUUUACUGUUAAGAUUGGUGAUUCGUUGUUGUAUAAUUGCGAGUGUGCGGACGGUUAUAUGGGUCCUAGGUGUGAAUACAAAGAUCUAGACGGAUCUUACCUGCCAACUCGCCCUCGUGUGAUGCUAGAGACUGCGAGCAUAGCGAGCGGUGCCAUUGUCGCGAUAGUGCUGGCAACAAUAGUUUGCUGUUAUAUUUGCGUACAUAAGCACCAGCAGAAAAAAAGACUGGAAAGCGCAAACGGUGGCAUCGAUACCGUAGAUGGCGUGCUACGAACAGUGCGAAGUGAUCAACCCAAACGACCAUUCGGCUCCCACCACCUUCGGACGAUACCGAUGAGUGAAUCACUUAAUCGAUAAAUGCUGGCCAUUAGAGGAUACAAGAUUGAAAAGACAAAGUAUAGCAAGCCGGAUGCUCUGAAUAAAAGCUUGUUACUAUACAGUUUCCAUGUGAGAGUCUGUACGCUUAAACAAUAGAUGUGGCAUUCCAGUGUAACCUUAUACUGCCAGGAUCUUGAACGCAGUUUUGUAUAGAUACUGCACUAAUGUGAAAUAAACAAUGCAGUAACGACAAGGACUAACAAAAAAAAUAAACAGUUGACAACGAUGAUCAUAAAUGAAUGGUUCAUGGGUGACAUUAUGCAAUCCAGUCAAAUCGACUUUCGUACAAUCGCUCGUACAAAAAACCUUUCGUCUCGAGUUGCAUAAUGCGGCCUCAAGCCUUUCUCAAUAUACAUACAAUUUAUCGAGAGUAAGAAUAUGGACCACCUCCUCAUUUUCAACGAGACACCGCGCUAUCAAAUGUGCCACAACGAUCCUGAAACGCACAGAAAACUCCGAAUCAAGCACAUGGUGUUCGACAAAUGUAACAUUAGAAACAUAGACAACUACUCUCAUACUAGUGCAUUGUAUUACUGAUAUUAACAACAGGUGCCUCUAUAGUAAUAGAAGAUAUGUGAUUCAGAGAAUGUAGAGAAACAACUAAAUUCCAACGGAGUUCGGUUCUUUGAACGUUGACCUACAUUAAGUUUGUAGAAAUCUUUUAACAGUGACCAAAUACAGAACUAAAUAGAAGUUGAUCGUAACUCGAUUUCUAGUUCACUGGCUAAGCAUAGUAAAAUACGAGCAAAUAAACGGUCAGCCGUCCUCAACUACUUCAUUUUGGCCAAAUCAUAAAAAAAAAACAUUUCGUGAUAGAUUUAUUUGUAAUUAUGGAAGUAGGUUUAAAUUUUUUAUAUAUUCUAGAAUGCGAUGCAAGUUUUAAUUUUGACAGUAGCAGAGACGGUUAGACCGAGUUUUAGCUAGAUUUGGUAUUCAAUUCCUGUUGCACGGUAGAAAAAAACACUAAUCUUGCCAAGUGAAAAGAGGAUCGCAACAAUUUUUAACUAUUACUUUCACGUGCCAUCUUCAUAUUUCAAAAUGAUUCGCGUGUGCUUCUGGCACACUGCAAAUGCUGAGGCUACUAGUGAAAAUCACUAAAGAUAACUAACUGAUCACGGAGACACCUCGCGUGAAAUGGUCGCGAUUGCAGCAUGUUUAUCGAACGAUUUGGUUAACGACACAAGAAAAAGCAAGUUCACGAUAUUGUAAUGAAUGAAACAGCUCACUUGAUAGUUUAACUUUGAUGUCCCUGCCAGACAAAAACAUCCGUCAUAGCAAUAUAACUAAUUUAUUUGUAUAGAAAUGCCAAAACCACAAAGAUUGUAAUAAUCUUUACACUACUUUUACCGUUACGAUAUAUUUUCUAUUCUAGUUGCCGCCGUAGUUAUUGUCAAGUUAAUAAUUUAAUUAUUUAUUCUAGAUAUUGCAUUGCCUACACAUGUUAUUUCAAUUGCUAGCAUUGUAAAAGGCAAAUCGAAAAGUUAUGUUUUCUAUUAGAGAACAAGAAUGAACAUAAGCAAAACAAUCUAAACAUUGCAUCGGUUAUUUCUCACGUAAUCCAAAAUACUAAAAAACAGAGGAACAAUGGUGGAGAAAACCAACACCUGUACAGUUUAUAUUGCAAUAAUUAACAAUUACUGUAGUGACAGUAGUAAGAUACGGAAUAUGCCGAACCAGAGAAGCAAAUGAAAAAGUGAUUAAUUGAUAUAAAUCUUCAUAAAUAACGAAAAAGCUAAAGAGUUUGCAAUGAGUGGCAAGAAUAUUUCGAGUGUAAAUAAGUUUACGGAAAUAAGCUGCGAAAGAAGACUUACACAUCGUCUUUGUAAGAAUGGUUUCGCCUUAGACAGAUAUUUUAAUAAUAGGUAGCUAGAUACUUUUAUUUAAUUGCUUAUUUCCAAUAAGUUGUGGUUUCAACCAGCCGAAUGUUGAUUUUCCCCUUCUAGAGAUUUGAAAAACUAAACAAUCAUGCAUGUAUAAUGUUUCAGAAUCAAGACUUUAGCAACUUUCAUUUAACCAUUUUAGGUCUCUUAUAUUGGCAGUAUUUAUUAGGAUAUUCAAUACUUGAGCAAUAAUUGAACUAUGAUUUGUUUUUAUUAAAUGUUUCAUCAGUUGUGCACAUUCCUACUGCAACAAUUAUUGUAUUUCGACAUGCUCGGGACACCGGAAUCGUUUAGAGCGGUUUAAUAUUUUGUACCAAAUGUAUUAUAUUUAUUUGUAUAAAAGAGAACUUAUUAUCUUUUUUGUAUAUUUUGAGCUUUAAAUAAAAAUUAAUCAACA